AAUGGUGGACUCUGAUGAUGAUGGCGAUCGCCGCCGUGACAAAUUCGCCCGUGAACGUCGUGAUGAGGAUUAUCGCCGUGGUGGAGGCGGAUUCAAUCGCUAUGACAACAAGCGUCCUGGAGGACGAAGAGAUGAUUACCAAGUAAAGCGGAGUCGUGGAGACGACGCAGAUGACAGUUUCGAUCCCGUAAGUCGUUCUGGUAAUGGUUCGGAUUUACCCACUGAAUCGGAUUCCAUAUAUUCGGGACCACUUCAAACAUUCAAAAAGUUCCUCACUAGCCAGGAAGAUGAUAUCUCGGAAGAAGAUGCUAUCAAAAAAUAUAAUGAGUACAAGACAGAACAUAGAAAACAUCAACUUGAACGGUUCUUCCGUGCCCAUAAAGACGAAGAAUGGUUCCGUCUUAAAUACAAACCGGAUGAUGCGAAGAAGUUGCGAGAGGCGCAUUUGGAAAAUGUGCAGAAGCGCUUGCAGGUUUUCAAUGAGUUGAAGGAGCAGGGACAAUUCAAUAAAUUCUCUCUGGAUUUCGGAGAUGCGGAGGCAAUCAUUAGAAUGCUAGAUUCAGUUGUUGUCAAGCUGGAAAAUGGAACUGAAGACGAGUUGAAAGCUGUUCUGGCUCAAAAACUAGAAGACGAGUCACUCGCUGACAUUAAAAAAGACGAGAAUGGGAAUGGAACCGAACAGCCGAAAGAAGAGCCAGAAGUAAAACAAGAAUCCGGAGCAACGGAAGAGUUGGAAGAGGGAGCCAUUGAAGAUGGAACCGAAAAGUCAUCGAACAAGGUCAACAUCCACAGAACCUGCUCGGUUUUCUUGAGAAAUAUCCCACCAGGUCUCACAUAUGAGGAACUAGAGGGUCUCUGUAAAAAGAGCCCAGGAUUUUUACGUCUUGCUCUGACCGAUGGAAUUGCCGAAAGAAAGUUCUACAGAAGAGGAUGGGCUACAUUCAAGCGAGAUAUCAAUAUCAAAGAAAUCUGCUGGGCACUCAACGCACAUCGUCUGCGAGAAACUGAUCUGAAUGCAAUCAUCAACCGUGACAUUACUCGUCGUGUUCGUACCAAUAAUGGGAUUGCAUCUCAUAAGCAAGUUGCGAUUAACGAUCUGAAGCUUGCUGUCAAGCUCACUGUUCUUUAUGACAAGAAGAUUGGUUUGUUCAACGCUGCUGAUGAAGCUGAUGCUGAUCGUGAGAUGGAUAUUCGUAUGGGCGUUGAUUUAGUCGCUGCUUCAACGAAUCCGUUGAUUAAAGAAGUUAAAUCACUUGUUCCACAUGAUGUUCUCAAUGAUAUUAGUGAAGAGGAAGCUGAAUUAUUGGGAGUCUCGAAUGGAGGUGAAGCACCAGCUGAAAAGAUUCGGUUUGAGCGCGAUGAUAAUAUCCUGAAGGCUCUCGAUCUUCUCAUCGUUUACCUUCGCAUUGUUCAUUCCAUCGAUUUUUAUAAUCACGGACAUUAUGCGCAGGAAGAUUCGAUGCCGAAUCGAUGUGGCUUGAUUCACGUUCGUGGGCAGCCGCCUUCUGGAGUAUCAAUCACUACUGACGAGGAUGGAGCUCUCGUCGUUCCACAGAAAUUUGUGAACGAUUUUAUUUCGGGAUUCAAUAGCCGCAUUGAGAAAGGGUUGAUUGAAAAGCAGUAUGUAAGCGAGGAAGAAUUGGAGAAAAUGGGCAAGAAGGAUGGAGAAAAGGAAGUUGAAGCUUUUAUUCAAAAGAAUACUGUCGAGUUGGCAAAGGAUAAAUGGCUCUGUCCGCUUUCUGGAAAGAAAUUCAAGGGACCUGAAUUCAUCCGAAAGCACUUGCAGUCUAAACAUGAAGACAAGCUGGAGGAAGCGAGAGCAGAAGCUGACUUUUUCAACAAUUAUCUUGCCGACGCCCAAAGACCAGUCGACUGUGAGCCCAAACAAGCUCCAAGAGAUGAUCAUCGUGGAGGUGGUGGUGGUGAGCGAGGUGGAUAUGGAAGAGAACGAGACGAUGAUCGAGGACCUGGUGGUGGAGGAAGAAACUCUUUUGGCGGUGGAGGAUAUGAUCGUCGUCCCCAAUUCCCUCCUCGACAUUCACUUGGUGGACGAGGUGGUGGUGGACGCUACUUCGAGGAUGCGCCACGUCGUCAGCCAGUCUCGUAUCGCGAUUUGGAUGCUCCAGAUGAUAUUCCAUAAUUCCAUCCUACGUUGAAUCCAAUUCAAAUAUAUGCACAACAAAUUAUGCUAUUUAUUUCCCCCUUCUCAAUUAAAUAUUAGUUUUAACUAAAUGUUUUUGUAUGGCCAAUAAUAAUCUCCUUUUUUAAAAAACGCUCCAUUUUCAAUACGUCCCUAAUGAAAUAUGAUUCUGUGU